UUUGAAAACGCAUCUCAUUUAAAGUCCCAAAACCCCCCCUUUUUUUGAAAUAUACCAUAUAUCCAUUGAGUAAAAAAAGAAAUCCAAAGCGGAAGUAGAUGCAGAGAAGGAGAAGAGAAACAAAACGCCACAUAAUGUUUGUAAAUAACUCAUUAGGUUAAAAGAAUUCCUUCUUUAUACCAAAAGGCAGAUAAUUCCCCAACAAGACAAGACAUGUUUCAUUAAAACUUUAAAAGCGCACUGAAUGGGACCAGAUACAGCAGUGUGACAUCUGCACUAAGACUCUAUCCUACAUGUUUCGUCCAAUAGGACGUCCUUAGGGGCCUCUAGUGCUGAAUCUCUGCCACGUUUCUCCAUCCUCUCUUGCAACAUGCAGAACGAUUGCACAUUGGAUCCAAAGCGGAAGUAGAUCCAGAGGAGUAGAAAAAAAACACAUUUUGUUUUUUCAAAAUGCAUUAGGCUAAAAAUUCCUUCUUCCAAAGGGCAGAUAAUUCCCCAACAAGACAGGAACAUGGUGCAGUAUGUUUUAUUAAAACUUUAAAGGAGCAUACGAACAUUCAUAAACAUUAUUGGUAACUCACAUGAAAAGACACUGCGUGAAACCUGAUACAGCCGUCUGACAUCUGCACUAAGACUCUACCCUACAGCUUUUGACCAAUAGGACUUCCUCAGGGCCCUCUAGCUCUAAAUUUCUGCCAUGUUUCUCCAUCUUCUCUUGUAGCCCGCAGAAGGAUUGCAUAAUGGCAACAACCAUGCCGUAAGUUUUACAUAUGUGGCAAACAAGACAAAACUAUAGCGCAGCAUGCUUUAUUAAAACUUUAAAAGAGAAUAAGAACAUCCAUAGAUAGCAUUUGUAACUUACAUGAACAGUCGCUGCACGAAACCCGAUACAGUGGUGUGACAUCAGUGCUAAGACUCCAUCCUACGUGUUUCUUCCAAUAAGACAUCCUCAGGGGCCUCUAGUGCAGAAUCUCAGCUACUUUUCUCCAUCCUCUCUUGUAACCUGCAGAACGAUUGCACAUUGGGAGUAACCGCGCUGCAAGUCUCAUAUAUGGGGCAAACAAGACAAGGCAAUAGUGCAGUAUGUUUCAUUAAAACUUUGAAAGCACAUACAGACAUAGACAUCUGACCCUGGGGAAAGUCCACCACUGAUCAAUUUUUGUUUGCGUAUGAAAUAUUGUGAUUUUUUUAUGUCAUGAUUCCUUAUGCACAGGUCUAGUUGAUUGAUUGAUAUAUUUACUAUAUGAAUGGUAUAUUCUUGUUAUGCUUUUGAAGACUAGAAGGUGGAAAGUCCCAUUCUUCACCAUAACCUUGUCAUCAAUGCAUAAAUACCGAUGCUUAGUAUGAUUUGGGUGUUUUGUAAUUCUCUGUUAUAAUUGCACCUAAAUCAAUGCCAGAUCUCUGGGAAUGUUUUGAAAGCUACACACAUAUCUAUGACCUCUGAAUACAAGAUGUAUGAGAACAGAUAUGACUUCUAUUAAAUAUUGCUUUCCAGCAGAUUCUCCCAAAGUCACCUCUGAUUGGUUGGUUAGAUCAUCAGAUCCUUCUAAUCAUGAGGAACCUUCUGAUAAAUCCCAUACUAUGACUUCAGAUGUCCAUCUAAGCUCAUUGGGUCCUUCUAAUCCUGAGGAACAUUCUAAUAAAUCCCAUACUAUGACAUCAGAUGUCCAUCUAAGCUCAUUGGGUCCUUCUAAUCUUGAGGAAUCUUCUGAUAAAUCCCAUACUAUGACUUCAGAUGUCCAUCUAAGCUCAUUGGGUCCUUCUAAUCCUGAGGAACCUUCUGAUGAAUCCCAUACUUUGACUUCAGAUGUCCAUCCAAGUUCUCACAGUGCUGACAGAUCAACAGAUCCAUCCAAUCCUCAGAAAUCUUCUUUAAGCCAUAAGAGGUUUCACACAGGAAAGCGUUCAUUGUCAUGUUCAGAGUGCGGGAAAUCUUUCACUGUAAACAAAGAUCUUCUUAGACAUCAGAGAAUUCACACAGGUGAACGUCCUUAUCUAUGUUUAGAGUGUGGCAAAUAUUUCACUAGAAAAGACAAUCUUAUUACACACCAGCGAAUACACACGGGUGAUCGUCCUUACUCAUGUUCAGAGUGCGAGAAAUCUUUCAUUAAGAAAAGCGUACUUCUUAGACACCAUAAAAAACACACAGGUGAGCGCCCUUAUUUAUGUUCAGAGUGCGGGAAAUGUUUUACUGAGAAAUCAAGCCUUGAUAAUCACCAGAGAAUUCACACAGGUGUGCGCACUUGUUCGUGUUCAGAGUGCGGAAAAUCUUUCAUUGCAAAGAAUGACCUUCGUAGACAUCAGAGAAGUCAUACAGGUCAAAAUCCUCAUUUAUGUUUAGAGUGCGGGAAAUGUUUCAUUCUCAAAAGGCAACUUACUUUACACCAGAGAACUCACACAGGUGAACGUCCUUAUUCAUGUUCAGAGUGUGGGAAAUCUUUCAGUGCAAAUAAUGACCUUCGUAGACAUCGGAGAAUUCACACGGGUGAUCGUCCUCAUUUAUGUUUAGAGUGCGGGAAAUCUUUCAUUCGCAAAAGGCAACUUACUUUACACAAGAGAACUCACACAGGUGAGCGUCCUUUCCCUUGUACAGAGUGUGGCCAAAGCUUCCAUGAAAAAGGAAUACUUAUUGUACACCAGAAAAUUCACACAGGUGAGCGUCCUUUCCCUUGUUCAGAGUGCGGGAAAUGUUUCCUUGAAAAAGGAAAACUUAUUAGACAUCAGAGAAUACACACGGGGGAACGCCCUUAUUCAUGUUCAGAGUGUGGGAAAUGUUUUACUAGAAAAUACAAUCUCCUUAAUCACCAGAAAAGUCACACGGGUGAACAUCCUUAGUUAUGUUCAGGGUGCGGGAAAUCUUUUGCUUUUGAAGGAUUACUUUUUGAACUUAAGAGAAUUCACACAGGUGAGCGUCCUUAUCCAUGUUUUAGAGUGUGGGAAAUUCUUAAUUCGUAAAAGAGACCUUAUUAUACACCAGAGAACUCACCCAGGUGAGUGUCUUUACUCAUGUUCUAAGUGCGGGAAAUGUUUUAUUCACAAAGAAGGACUUGUUAAACACCAGAAAAUUCACACGGGUGAGCGUCCCUGUUCAUGCUCCGAGUGUGAAAAAACUUUCACCAAAAACGAGAACCUUCUUAGACACCAAAGAAUUGAUACAUGUCCUUAUUCAUGUUGAGAGUGCGGGAAAUUUUUCACUCAGAUAAGAGGCCUUGUUAAACACCAGAGAAUUCACACUGUGGAGCGACCUCACUGCAUUCAGGAUGCAGGAAAUGUUUUAUAAAUAAAAAAGUCAGAGACAUCAGAGAUAACCAGCCUGCUGCUUCUUUUGACAAAUGCACGAUGGCUUAGACAUGUGCGGUUCAUUUUGUUCUGAAUAUAAAUUUGGAUGAUUUUUCAAUUCAUCCGAAUUUCGGAAUUCCAAUCGUAACAAAUUCGAAAUAAUAAUAAUAAUAAUAAUAAUAAUUUUUUAGACA